AUGGACGACUCGUUUGCGCUCGCCCCGUCGUCCUACACAGCCAUGGACCGCCCCGAAGCUAUCGACCUGUCUCACCACCUCUCGCACCUCGCCAAGUCCCGCAUCGCAUCGCCGCUCAAGGGCAUGUACAAGUACUUCCAGCGGCCAGGCAUGCUCAUGCUCGCAGGCGGUCUGCCACCCCCGGAACUCUUCCCCUUCGAGACCAUCUCUGCGACGUCGCUCCAGCGCAACUCGUUCAAGACUACACAGGUCGGGUUCGGACAGUGGUUGUGGAACUGGGUUGCGGGAUUGGCGGGCAAGACGGACGAGUGGACGAUUCGCAAGUGGGAGGACGAGAAGGACAAGAUCCAGCUGUCGUCGGCGCUUCAGUACGGAACGGCCGCUGGUCUCCCUCCCCUCGCCCGCUUCAUCUACGAGUUCACCUCUCACGUCUACCGCCCCGGCACAUCCGACUUCCGCACCGUCAUCAACGCCGGUUCGACCGACGCCUGGGGCAAGAUUGUCACGACGCUUUGCAACCCCGGCGAUGGCGUGUUGGCGGAGGAGUGGACGUAUCCGAGUGCUUUGGCUACUGCGUGGCCGAAUGGCAUCAAGCCUGUUCCGCUCCCGAUGGACGGCGAAGGUAUGACGCCUGAAGGGAUGGACGACCUGCUCGCGAAAUGGAACCCAGACGAGCACGACGGGAUGCCCCGUCCUCGCCUCCUCUACACGAUCCCGGUCUGCCAGAACCCGACAGGCGCGACCAUGUCACUCGAGCGCAAGAAGCGCAUCUACGAGAUUGCCGUCAAGUACGACGUCAUCAUCGUCGAAGAUGACCCCUACUACUUCCUCCAGACGGGCGAGUACGAGCACGACGAAGCUCUCCGCGCCGCUGCUCGACCGAAGGUGACCGAGUCGGACGACGAGUUCCUCAAGAGCCUCGUCCCUUCCUACCUCAACAUCGACUACCAAGGCCGCGUCGUUCGCAUCGACACCUUCUCCAAGACGAUUUGCCCUGGCUCGCGUCUCGGCUGGACGACUUGCAACCCCAUCUUCGCCGAGCGUCUCGAGCGCGCGAACGAGAGCAGCACGCAAUCUGCGUCUGGGUUUGCGCAGGCGUUGGUGGGCAAAUUGUUGGCGGAGGAGUGGGGUUUGACGGGCUAUUUGAGGUGGCUCAAGGGCAUCAAAGCCCAGUACCGCGACCGCCGUAACACCCUCGUCGAUGCUCUCCUCGACAUCUCGCACGCCUCGCUCGACGCGCGCAAGACAUCGAACGGAACGUACGAGCUUUGGACGCGCAGAUCUGGCUCGUUGAGCGAGAAGGGUGUCGUGAGGAGCGAGAAGGGCGCGCGCGAGCAGCGGAGGAGGAGGAUCUUGUCCUUUGUCGCGCCCCAGGGCGGCAUGUUUGUCUGGCUCCGGGUCCACUUCGCCUCGCACCCUGAAUACAACUCGAAGCCGACGACCGACCUCCUCGGCGCCUUGUGGGAAGACCUUGCCGAACACAACGUCCUCGUCGCUCCUGGCACCAUGUUCUCGGCGCGCACGUUCGGGCCAGGUGACGCAGCGCCUGGCUUUGCUCAAGCCGAGGAACACCUCGCCGUCACGGAAGACGGGGACGGGUUCUUCCGCAUGUCGUUCUCGUCGGCGACGCCUGAGCAGAUGAAGGAGGCGGCCAAGAUUAUCGGCAACAGGGUCGCCAAGUUCUUCAAGGACUGA